AUGUCAGAUAAAAUUAUUCCACAUUAUUUACGUGAUAUUGAUGAUAACUCAAAUGGUCGUGAACAGUAUCAACAACAACAACAUAUACAAAAAUUAACCAAGGCUGAAGAAAAUUUUCAAUUACGACAACAAUAUCCACAAUUUGUUGUACCACCAUCUAUGUACAAAGUGAUUCAUGUCAACAACUAUACAUCAAUGGAAGAAAUGCAUUUAUUGAUCAAUCAUGUACAAGCAUGUACUCAAUUUACCAUCGAUACAGAAUCCGAAAGAUCAAAUAAUCAAUUGGCAUUAAUACAAAUACAAACUAUACCACCUCGAUUACCAUCAUUAGUUGUAUUAGUUGAAUUGGCACAUUUACCAUCAAAUCAUUUAAAUACGUACGUUAAAAUUAAAGAAUUUUUUGAUUUAGUAUUUAGAUCUGGUAAUGAAUUAUUUUCGUGGGGCGAAAUGGAAAAAGAACUUGAUCCAAUACAAGAUUAUCAUUUAUUAAAUUGGCCAACAACAGCAUCAUUAAUCAACAUACAAUUAUAUUUUCCGGAUUGGUAUGAGUGGGCACUGGCUCAUUGUGAGUCAUGUAGCCCGGAUCAUCAUCGUCAACAUCCUGAUGUUAUUAAUUAUGAUAAUGUUACUACACAAAAUUAUUCAUUAUCAAGGUGUAUUUGUCAUGAACAAAGUCCAUACCGCACAAAUGAAAAAUGGGCUCUUCAGAAGGCCUUAAGCUAUGCAGCACACAUGUUCAUCGACAAAUCGAGUACGGUUAAUAAUUGGGCUGCAGGUUUAACAUCCAAUAAUUCAACAUUAUCAUAUGGUCGAAGAAAAAAAAUGAUUAAUUAUGCUAUUUACGAUUGCUUUUCAACAACAUAUCUUAUUCGACCGGUUUUAGAAUAUUGGACAUUCAAACAAUUAAAUGAUAUCAAUAUUGUUGAAUUAUUUACAUCAUUUAAAGCAUUAUCACUUCCAAAAAUUAAUUCAUCAAAUAAAAAAAGUAAAAAAAUUAAAAAAAAUAUUAAUUUACAAAAAUUAUUUAAUUCAAAUGAUGAUGAUUUACAACCAAUAUCAGAUGAUGAAAUUUAUCUCAAUCAACUCAUUGCACCAGCUACGAACGAGCAACUCGAAAAAGAAAAAAUCUCAAAUUAUGAACAAAAAUAUACUGGUCAAAAUUUGGUCAAUGAUGCCGAAUUAAUUAUUAAUGAAGAAAAUGAAUUUAUUAUUGAUGAUAAUGAACGAAAUAAACCACCUGAAGAUGUUAAAGAAAAACCAACAAAAUCAAAACAUAUACCACAUCGUUUACGGUCACAAGCAUCACGACAACGAAGAAACAAAAAAAGAAAUACUACACACCGUAUUCGUCGUUAUCAUUAUCAUAUUACCCGGUCUAUGUAUUAUAAAUUCAAUGCACCAUUAGCGAAGAAAAUACUUAAACAACAUGAUGUUAAAUAUGUACAUGUGAAGGUGGUUGAUGGAACAUUAGUUAUUGGUGUAAAGAACAACAUGAUGAAACAAAAAUAUCAAGAUCAGAUACCAGAAAAUAUGUUUGAUCGAAAACAUUAUCAAACUUAUCAACAUCGUCAUCAACAUCACCAUCAAUAUCAUUAUCAACAUCGUUAUCACCAUCACUAUCAAUAUCGUCAUCAACAUCACCAGCAAUAUCAUCAUCAACAUCAUCAUGAACAGUAA